CGUCCUUGAAGGGGAAGCCGGGGAAGCCGGGGAAGCCGGCGACAGCGUUACGCUGGUGCGGGAUGAAACGGGUAGUGGCUCUGGAGUUGGCCAGGAGGACGUAGCGACGGCGGACGCCUCUUGGGAGUCCCGGAGCCGCGGUGUCUGAAGUCAGUACUAUUGAAUAUGAGACGAUCUGCAGCACCAAGUCAGUUGCAGGGGAAUUCCUUCAAAAGACUAAAAUUUUUACCCCCAGGAAGAAGUAAUCCAAGUCCAAAAGAAGAGAUUAUAAAACUGAAUCCAGAUAUAAAGUUAUUUAAGGGUGCUGCAGAUAACUCCUUUCAGCAGUCAGAAAAUGAUGCUAGAAUAUGCAGUACAAACCCUCUGCCUACAGAAGAAAAUACUAAAGAAAUUAAUCAUGGGAAUAAUUCUAGGAUAAACUGUUUCGUUGAAGCAUCUGCCACGACCUCAUUAGAUCCACCUCCUUUCGUUCAUCCAGACCCUAAAGAAAUAACAGCAUUUAGGAGGAAAGAAGAUGAAUCUGAAAGUCAGGCUAAGUAUUUCAGUGUUGUUUGGUGUAAGGCUUCAAAGAAAAAACACAAGAAGUGGGAAGGUGAUGCUGUUCUUAUUGUAAAAGGAAGGUCAUUUAUAUUAAAAGAUUUAGAAGGCAAAGACAUUGGGAAAGGCAUUGGUUAUAAUUUAAAAGAAUUUGAAAAGAUUGAAGAGGGCCAAACACUGAUGGUUGGUGGAAAAGAAAUAGAGGUCAUGGGUGUGAUCUCUUCGGAUGACUUCAGCAGUGGCAGGUGUUUUCAGCUUGGAGGAGGAAGUCCUGCUGUCUCAAGUUCUUCUCUAACUGCCAGGAGCUGUUUUUCUAAACCCUUUAAAAGUGUCUGUAAACCAAGUUCAAAGGAAAAUAGACAGAAUGACUUCCAAAAUUGUAAACCACGCUAUGACCCUUAUAUGCCAAAUUCCCUUGUCAUGCCACAACCAGACAAGAACCACCAGUGGAUGUUCAAUAAGAAAUGUUUCCCUCUUGUGGAUGUAGUGAUAGAUCCUCACCUUGUAUAUCAUCUUCGACCACAUCAGAAAGAAGGAAUCAUAUUCCUUUAUGAGUGUGUGAUGGGAAUGAGAAUGGAUGGCAGAUGUGGAGCUAUUCUUGCUGAUGAAAUGGGUUUGGGGAAAACACUGCAAUGCAUUUCGCUCAUCUGGACCCUACAGUGUCAGGGGCCCUAUGGAGGCAAGCCAGUCAUAAAGAAGACACUUAUUGUCACACCUGGAAGCUUGGUGAAUAAUUGGAGGAAAGAAUUUCAAAAAUGGCUAGGAAGUGAGAGGAUCAAGAUAUUUACCGUUGAUCAGGACCACAAAGUUGAAGAAUUUGUCCAAUGUAUGUUUUACUCUGUUCUUAUAAUCAGUUAUGAAAUGUUACUUCGUUCCCUGGAUCAAAUUAAGAAUAUAAAAUUUGAUCUUCUAAUCUGUGACGAGGGGCAUCGUUUAAAGAAUAGUGCUAUUAAGACCACUGCCGCCCUCAUUAGCCUGUCCUGUGAGAAAAGGAUAAUUCUAACUGGUACUCCAGUUCAGAAUGAUCUCCAAGAAUUUUUUGCACUGAUUGAUUUUGUAAAUCCAGGAAUAUUAGGCUCUUUGUCAUCUUAUAGGAAAAUAUAUGAAGAACCCAUCAUUGUAUCAAGGGAACCUUCUGCUUCUGAGGAAGAAAAGAAGUUAGGAGAGAGAAGAGCAGCUGAACUUACUUGCCUCACUGGACUCUUUGUUCUUAGAAGAACCCAGGAAAUUAUAAAUAAGUAUCUUCCACCGAAAAUAGAGAAUGUGGUCUUUUGCCGACCAGGUGCACUGCAGAUUGAGCUUUAUCGAAAGUUAUUGAAUUCUCAGGCUGUCAGGUUCUGUCUUCAAGGGCUGUCAGAAAGUAGUCCUCAUCUGUUGUGUAUCGGGGCACUUAAAAAACUCUGCAAUCACCCCUGCCUUUUGUUCAGCACUGCGAAGGAAAAAGAAUCUAGCUCAUCCUGUAAUGAAGAUGAAGAAAGAAGUCUGUACAAAGGCUUGCUAAACGUGUUCCCUGCUGAUUAUAACCCUCUCCUGUUUACUGAGGAGGAGUCAGGAAAGCUGCAGGUGCUGUCGAAGCUUUUAGCGGUUAUCCACGAGCUCCGACCCACUGAGAAGGUGGUAUUGGUAUCCAACUAUACUCAAACCUUGAAUAUUUUACAAGAAGUAUGCAAGCGUCAUGGAUAUGCUCAUACAAGACUUGAUGGACAAACACCCAUCUCUCAAAGGCAGCAAAUUGUUGAUGGCUUCAAUAGUAAAUACUCUUCUGAUUUUAUUUUUUUGUUAAGUUCAAAAGCUGGUGGUGUGGGACUUAACCUUAUUGGAGGAUCUCACUUAAUUCUCUAUGACAUUGAUUGGAAUCCAGCCACUGAUAUCCAGGCAAUGUCUAGAGUAUGGCGAGAUGGUCAGAAACAUCCUGUACACAUUUACAGACUGCUAACCACAGGUACAAUAGAAGAGAAGAUCUACCAAAGGCAGAUCAGUAAGCAGGGUCUCUCUGGGGCAGUUGUAGACCUAUCUAAGACGUCUGAACACAUUCAGUUUUCAGUAGAGGAGCUUAAAAAUCUGUUCACAUUGCAUGAAAAUUCAGACUGUGUUACUCAUGACCUGCUUGACUGUGACUGUACAGGAGAAAAAGAUCGUACAGGUGAUUCACUGGAAAAUUUUGCAGUCUGUAGACCUUGCCAGCUUGGUCCACAUCACCAGAAAUCCAGCUCCCGGAAACCUCUAUCUAUGUCACAGCUGAAGCAAUGGAAACAUUUUUCUGCAGGUCAUUUAAAUCAUACAGAUCCUUUUCUUGAAAGGAUAAGAGAAAAUGUGUCAUUCUUCUUUCAGAAUGUAACCAAUCAAACUGCAGCUAUAAAAUGAGCGAUUACUUUGUGACAUUUGCUUGCCCAUCUUUAAAAAACUAAUAUAAUAAUUUAAUGUCAUUUUUGAGGUUAAUUAUUUAAAUUAUGUAUUUUGUUACAAAAUGUAUCCGUUUUAUUACAGUCAUUAAAAUUGCUUGAAUUGUUUUUAUGUAAUUUUCAUUGUUGGAAAGGAAACAUUAAAAAUAUGCUUCUGUCAUCUGUGAUUAA